AUGAGCUUUUAACCAAAAUCAUCUCUCUUGUUUCAUCCCAACUUCCACUACAUCCUUGUAAUAUCUCACUUAACCCAAAAUAAGUUUUCCAAAGUUAACCAAAAACAUCCGUAUGUUAACAUUUCAUCCAUAUUUAAUGGAGUCUUUAAUCUGCACCAUAAUUUGUUGCAUUCUGUACUUUGAUUUGCAUUUAAAUUUUAGUUUAUGCACAUAGUUUUUAAUUUCUGCACGAUAUUUUUCCUGAUUUUGCACUGAACUUUCAGUUUUUGCACCAUAUAUUUUGCAUUCUCCUCAUAGUUUUGCAUUCUGCACACAACUUUUAAUUUCCGAAAACGUAUUUUAAUUUCUACACACUAAAUUUGAACUUUUUUUUAAAGUUUCUGCAGAACAAAAUCUGCAUAAUUUUCAGUUUCUGCACAUGAUUUUCUAUCCAAAUACAGAAAAAGACAUUGAAUUCAUCUCAAAGAUUCACAUUCUGUAAAAAAAAAAAAAAAAGUAGGAAAAAGAAAUAAGAAGUUUUGAUUGGUCAGUAAUAGAAAUUCUGAAGCAGAAUACGGAAAGAGAAAUAGAUAAUUAGAGAUUUAUUUUAUCAUUAAUUGAUUUCGCGAGAAAGAAAUCGGAAAAAAUCAAAGACAAAAAACAAUGCAACAUUCUUUCGUUAAUAAUGAAGAGCUCACUGAAGUCGAAGGCUCUCCCUUCGGGAAAAAGAAAAAAUCAUGAGAGAAUGAAAAAUCCGUUAACUAUGAAUGAAAAUGUUAAUAGAGGGAUGUUUUUGGUCAACUUUGAAAAACUUAAAGGAUGUUUUGAGUUAAAGUGAAAUAUUAUAAGGAUGCAGUAGAAGUUGGGGGCGAAAGAAGAGGGAUGAUUUUGGUUAAAAGCUCUAAACUGAGAAUACAAGUAGUUAAAGAGUAAAGGCAUUUCUACCCACCCAUGAAUCAAUUCUGUACUUGUAACAAAAAGGGGAGAACCAAGUUGAUAAAGUGACUAGCUUUUGCAUUUUUCUGUCUUUGCACCUGCUCUUCUUCAUCAGCUUAUAAGAAGAUCAAGUGGGAAGCGAGCGACCCACCAUUAUGGUUGGUAGACGUCAUUUACCAGAAGAUAUAUUAGUGGAUAUUCUAUUGAGGUUGCCUGUGGAACCACUCUUGCGUUUCAGAUGUGUGUCCAAGCGUUGGUAUGCUCUCAUUAAAAGUCCGAGUUUCAUAGAAAAGCAUUUUCAUCACAAGAACAAUCGUGCCCGUCUCCUCAUUUGUAACUUAACAAUGUCAUUAGAUGAAGGAAUGUCCAUUGAUUUCUCCUUACUUCCCGACAAAAUAGUUCCAGAUGUUCACCCUGAACUAAAAAUUCUCCAUCAGCUUCGGAGGGUCACUGGUUUCAACUCCGUUGCUGGCCCAGUUGAUGGCCUAUUCUUACUGGAGAAAGUGGAGCCUAACCCUGAAGAUGAUAAUAGCUUGGCUUUGUGGAAUCCGGCCACCAGAGAGUUCUGGCCUCUGCCUCCUGUGACUUUUGAGCUUCAGCCAUUCAGAGAUCAGAAUUAUCAAUUUGCAUUAGGGUUUGACCCGUCGGCCCGGGAUUAUAAGGUUCUAUGGAUUCGACAAUUUUGGGAUGAUGUUUCCCCUAAUUGCUUGGUCAAUGUCUAUUCCUUACGCAACAACUCGUGGAAGAACCUGAAACCUGAAUUUCCUUACUGUUGUAGCUUACACAAUCCCAUUGGUGCCACACAUCUCAAUGGGGUAUAUUAUUGGCUCUCUGGGCGCCUAGACAACAAAAGCUGCCGCAUAUGCUCAUUUGACAUGUGCAGCGAACAAUUUGGGGAGAUGCAAGGACCAGUUUUUCCAAAUGCACAGUGGGGAAAGCUCAUGUUGCGCGGUGACUCACUUGCUCUCGUAGUUGGUGUUGACCCUUGUAAACCAACAUCCAUAUAUGAUGUGUGGGUAAUGAACCAACACGAGAGUAGUUGGACCAAAGUUCUUACUGUUCAACCUCUAAUAAAAGUUUCUCAUUUGCCUCGUGGAGUCGGGGAGGAUGAUAAGAUGAUUUUCCAAAUAGAUGAAACUUCACAACUGGUGCUAUAUGACCCUACAACAAGACAAAUUACAGAUCUUGGGUUUCAGCUGGACUUAAUCUAUGGUCGCUCUUGGGUUUCCAAUUACAAGGAGAGCCUAGUUCCAAUAAGGAGAGGAAAUGACAGCCAGGGCGAGGAUAAUGCAGUUGAGCAGAUUGAGCAGUUCUUCAAUAGGUUCGAAAAAGCAUACGGGCCUCGUGGUUGUUACUUGAAGAAUUAAAUAGCUUAUAAAGAACAUUCCAGACACAGGUUUGGUUGAAAUUCGAGGAAAAAGAAAGAGUACCUGAAGUUGAAGUUAAAAGAUGGUAUAUGUAAGUUGAACUUUUGUUCGGGCAUGCAUUUUAGUUGUGAAAUAAUUGAAGUUUGUAAGUGGAAAAAAGAAUCAGUGAAAAUUUGAUUCUCUCCAUGUUUUCAAACUUGAAAAACCAAACUUCAAGUUGAAGCGAGAAGCUGGAUACAAUGUAUAACCAAACAGUUAUUUGAAUUUAUUUUAAUGUCCACACGCCUAAGUAGUCUGCUAUUAAACUGGA